AUGAUCGCCUCUACUGACAAUAAUAAUACUAUGAAAGCUGCUGUUGUAGUUGCUGCUGGUAAAUGGGAGAUUAAACAAAUACCGAUACCACAAACAACCAAGGGACAGGUUAGAGUCAAGGUGAUGGCAUGUGGUGUAUGUUACUCUGAUUCAAUGAUUGUUAGUGGUAGAGUAGGACCGAUAUUUCCAAGAGUACCUGGACAUGAAAUAGCUGGUAUUGUAGAUGCCUUGGGUGAAGGUGUUACAAAGUUUAAAAUUGGUGAUCGUGUCGGAGUUGGGUUCUUUGGUGGAGGUCAUUGUGGAGAAUGUACAGACUGUCUAUCAAAUAGUUGGGUGACAUGCAAGAGUGUUGGUGGAUGUGGUAUAUCUUUUAAUGGUGGGUUUGCCGAAUACACAGUUGCACCACAAGAUGCAUUAUCUCGUAUCCCAGAUGAAAUUGAUUUCCUUCAAGCCGGUCCAUUCUGUUGUGCAGGUGUCACUGUAUUCAACUCUAUCCGUAACCAAGGUUUGAGAGCUGGUGAUUUGGUCGCUGUACAUGGUAUUGGCGGUCUUGGACAUUUAGGUAUUCAAUUUGCGAGAAAGCUUGGAUACGAAGUCAUAGCAGUCUCAUCAGGUGAUGAUAAAGAACAACUUGCCAAGGAACUCGGAGCACACCAUUACAUCAACUCUACUAAACCAGAUGUAGUUGGUAGAUUACAAGCACUUGGUAAUAUCAAGUUGAUCAUGUGUACUGCACCUGCCAAAGAAUCUGUUGAGCUCCUUUCCAAGGCACUAGGAUUCAAUGGAAAACUUUUACUUUUGGCCAUUAUGAAAGAACUCACAAUCAACCCACUCCAACUCAUCAGCAAGAAUCAGUCUGUCGUAGGAUCAUACUGUGGUGAUAGUCGCGAUACUGAAGACACACUCAAAUUUGCAGCCAACCAAAACAUCAAAUCCAUGCUUCAAGUAUACCCACUCGAACAAGUUGAAGAAUGUUUAAAUAAUAUUUCAAAAGCUAGAUUCCGUGCUGUAUUAAAGAUUGGUGAUUUUUAA